AUGGACUUGGCCGCACGCUGGGCUGUUGGCCGCGCCUGGCUCCCGCUGCCCACCCCCUCGAUACUCAAGCUCCUGCGCCUCUUCGGGCUGCUGUCCCUGCUCCCCGGGCCGACCCAGGUUGCCGGGGCCGAGCAGCGCCAGGUGUUCCAAGUGCUGGAGGAGCAGCCCCCAGGCACGCUGGUGGGCACCAUCCAGACGCGCCCGGGCUUCACCUACCGGCUCAGCGAAAGCCACGCCCUGUUUGCCAUAAACAGCAGCACGGGGACCCUGUACACCACGGCCACCAUCGACCGCGAGAGCCUGCCCAGCGACGUGAUCAACCUGGUGGUCCUUUCCAGCUCGCCCACCUACCCCACCGAGGUGCGAGUGCUGGUGUGGGACCUCAAUGACAACGCCCCUGUCUUCCCGGACCCCUCCAUCAUAGUCACUUUUAAGGAGGACAGCAGCAGUGGGCGCCAAGUCAUCUUGGACACGGCGACCGACGCAGACAUCGGCUCCAAUGGCGUGGACCACCACUCCUACCGCAUCGUCCAGGGCAACGAGGAGGGUCGCUUCCGCCUGGACAUCACCCUGAACCCGAGCGGCGAGGGCGCCUUCCUGCACCUGGUGUCCGAGGGCGGGCUGGACCGCGAGGUCACGCCGCAGUACCAGCUGCUGGUGGAAGUGAAGGACAAGGGCGAGCCCAAGCGGCGGGGCUACCUUCAGGUAAACGUGACUGUGCAGGACAUUAAUGACAACCCCCCGGUGUUUGGCAGUUCCCACUACCAGGCGGGGGUGCCCGAGGACGCAGCCGUGGGCUCCAGCGUCCUCCAGGUGGCGGCGGCGGACGCGGACGAGGGCACCAACGCGGACAUCCGCUAUCGGCUGCAGGACGAGGGGACCCCCUUCCAGAUUGACCCCGAAACGGGGCUCAUCACGGUGAGGGAGCCCCUGGACUUCGAGGCCCGGCGCCAGUACUCCUUGACGGUGCAGGCGCUGGACCGGGGCGUGCCUUCCCUCACCGGGCGCGCCGAGGCGCUCAUUCAGCUCCUGGACGUCAACGACAAUGACCCGGUGGUGAAAUUCCGCUACUUCCCCGCCACCUCGCGCUACGCCUCGGUGGACGAGAACGCUCAGGUGGGCACUGUGGUGGCUCUGCUCACCGUGACGGACGCGGACUCCCCCGCGGCCAACGGGAACAUAUCGGUGCAAAUUCUCGCCGGCAACGAGCAGCGCCACUUUGAGGUGCAGAGCAGCAAAGUGCCGAACCUGAGCCUCAUCAAAGUGGCCAGCGCCCUGGACCGCGAGCGCAUUCCUUCUUACAACCUAACCGUGUCUGUCUCGGAUAACUACGGGGCGCCCCCUGCCGCCGCGGUCCGGGCGCGCUCUUCCGUGGCCAGCCUGGUGAUUUUUGUCAAUGACAUCAAUGACCACCCUCCAGUCUUUGCACAGCAAGUGUACAGAGUGAACCUGAGCGAGGAGGCGCCUCCGGGAAGCUACGUGAGUGGAGUGUCUGCCACGGAUGGCGACUCUGGUCUCAAUGCCAAUUUGCGUUACAGCAUUGUCUCUGGCAAUGGACUAGGUUGGUUCCAUAUCAGUGAACAUAGCGGCCUGGUGACCACCGGGGCUGCUGGGGGCUUGGACCGUGAAGUUGCUUCCCAAAUUGUACUGAAUAUUAGUGCUCGGGACCAGGGCGUUCACCCCAAGGUCUCCUACGCCCAGCUUGUAGUAACUCUCCUGGAUGUGAAUGAUGAAAAGCCAGUAUUUAGCCAGCCACAAGGGUAUGAUGUGUCUGUGGUUGAGAACGCCCCAACAGGGACAGAACUGCUGGUGCUCAGGGCAACUGAUGGGGACCUGGGUGACAAUGGGACGGUGCGUUUCUCCUUACAAGAGGCUGAGACUGACCAGAGGUCUUUCCGUCUGGAUCCUGUGUCUGGGAGGUUGAGUACUAUCUCCUCCUUGGACAGAGAGGAGCAAUCUUUCUACUCCCUGUUGGUUUUGGCCACAGAUCUGGGCUCCCCUCCCCAGUCCUCAGUGGCUCGCAUAAAUGUGAGUCUCCUGGAUAUGAAUGACAACAGUCCCGUGUUCUACCCAGUCCAGUACUUUGCUCAUAUUCAGGAGAAUGAGCCCGGAGGUAGCUACAUCACCACAGUGUCUGCCACUGAUCCUGACUUGGGUCUCAACGGAACUAUCAAAUAUAGCAUAUCCGCUGGGGACAGGUCUCGGUUUCAGAUCAAUGCUCAGAGUGGGGUUAUUUCGACAAGAAUGGCCCUAGACAGAGAAGAAAAAACAGCUUACCAACUCCAAGUAGUGGCUACUGAUGGUGGCAAUUUGCAGUCUCCCAACCAGGCAGUAGUAACCAUCACUGUAUUGGACACUCAAGACAACCCACCUGUAUUCAGUCAGGCUGCCUACAGCUUCGUGGUCUUUGAGAAUGUGGCUCUGGGAUAUCAUGUGGGCAGUGUGUCUGCUUCCACCAUGGAUCUCAAUGCCAACAUCAGUUAUCUCAUUACUACUGGGGAUCAGAAAGGUAUGUUUGCUAUCAACCAGGUCACUGGGCAGCUUACCACAGGGAGUGUGAUUGACAGAGAAGAGCAGUCCUUUUAUCAGCUGAAAGUAGUGGCCAGCGGGGGCACAGUGACUGGAGACACUAUGGUUAACAUAACAGUGAAGGAUUUGAAUGACAACUCUCCCCAUUUCCUUCAGGCAGUAGAGAGUGUGAAUGUGGUGGAGAAUUGGCAGGCUGGUCACAGCAUUUUCCAAGCCAAAGCUGUGGACCCUGACGAAGGUGUUAACGGCAUGGUGCUCUAUAGCCUGAAGCAGAACCCCAAGAAUCUCUUUACUAUCAAUGAGAAGGAUGGUCAUGUUAGUCUGCUAGGGCCCCUGGAUGUCCAUGCUGGUUCCUACCAGUUAGAGAUCUUGGCAUCUGAUAUGGGUGUUCCACAGCUCUCCUCGAGUGUCAUCUUAACGGUUUAUGUCCAUGACGUAAAUGACAACCCACCAGUAUUUGACCAGCUCUCCUAUGAGGUCACCCUUUCUGAGUCAGAACCUGUGAAUUCUCGAUUCUUUAAAGUGCAAGCUUUUGAUAAGGAUUCAGGAGCCAAUGGUGAAAUUGCAUACAGCAUUGCUGAAGGAAAUAUAGGGGAUGCUUUUGGCAUAUUCCCAGAUGGUCAAUUGUAUAUAAAAAGUGAACUGGACCGUGAACUUCAAGACAGAUAUGUUUUACUGGUUGUUGCUUCUGACAGAGCUGUGGAACCCCUUAGUGCUACUGUGAAUGUUACUGUAAUUUUAGAAGAUGUAAAUGAUAACAGACCUCUUUUUAACAGUACCAAUUACUCAUUUUAUUUUGAAGAGGAGCAGAAAGCUGGGUCAUUUGUGGGCAAAGUAAGUGCUGUAGAUAAAGACUUUGGGCCAAAUGGAGAAGUAAGGUAUUCAUUUGAAAUGGUGCAGCCAGAUUUCGAGUUGCAUGCUCUUAGUGGAGAAAUUACAAAUACUCAUCAGUUUGACAGGGAGUCUCUUAUGAGACGCAGGGGGACUGCAGUGUUUAGCUUUACAGUCAUUGCAACAGACCAGGGGCUCCCACAGCCUCUCAAGGAUCAGGCCACUGUCCAUGUUUACAUGAAGGAUAUAAACGAUAACGCUCCCAAAUUUGUAAAAGACUUUUAUCAAGCUACAAUAUCAGAGUCUGCAGCCAACCUGACACAGGUUUUACGAGUAUCUGCCUCAGAUGUUGAUGAAGGUAAUAAUGGACUUAUUCAUUAUUCUGUAAUAAAAGGAAAUGAAGAAAGACAGUUUGCUAUAGAUAGUACCUCUGGCCAGGUGACACUAAUUGGCAAAUUAGACUAUGAAGCCACACCUGCCUAUUCCCUUGUAAUUCAAGCAGUGGAUUCAGGGGCAGUCUCCCUCAAUUCAACCUGUACCUUAAAUAUUGAUAUUUUAGAUGAAAAUGACAAUACCCCCUCUUUCCCCAAAUCAACACUCUUUGUUGAUGUUUUGGAAAACAUGAGAAUUGGUGAACUCGUGUCCUCCGUUACUGCCACGGACUCAGAUUCCGGUGACAAUGCUGAUUUGCACUACAGCAUUACUGGGACUAACAACCAUGGAACUUUCAGCAUUAGCCCAAACACUGGGAGUAUUUUUCUUGCCAAGAAAUUGGACUUUGAAACACAGUCUUUGUACAAAUUAAAUAUAACAGCAAAAGACCAAGGAAGGCCUCCUCGUUCAUCUACAAUGUCAGUGGUUAUCCAGGUGAGGGAUUUCAAUGACAACCCUCCUAGCUUUCCUCCUGGGGAUAUUUUCAAGUCUAUUGUUGAGAACAUUCCCAUUGGUACGUCUGUCAUUUCAGUGACUGCCCAUGACCCUGAUGCAGACAUUAAUGGGCAGCUAGCCUACACGAUCAUCCAACAGAUGCCAAGGGGCAACCACUUUGGCAUAGAUGAAGUCAAAGGCACUAUAUAUACCAACGCUGAAAUAGAUCGGGAAUUUGCUAAUCUCUUCGAGUUAACCGUAAAAGCCAACGAUCAAGCUGUGCCUAUAGAAACUAGAAGGUAUGCUCUGAAAAAUGUGACCAUUUUGGUUACAGACCUCAAUGACAACGUUCCAGUGUUCAUAUCACAAAACGCCCUUGCUGCAGACCCUUCGGCUGUGAUUGGUUCUGUGCUGACAACAGUCAUGGCUGCUGACCCGGAUGAAGGUGCCAAUGGAGAGGUGGAGUACGAGAUCAUCAAUGGGGACACAGACACCUUCGUGGUGGACCGUUUCAGUGGAGACUUGAGAGUGGCCUCCGCGCUGGUGCCUUCACAACUGAUCUAUAAUCUCAUCGUUUCAGCGACAGACCUUGGCCCGGAAAGGAGGAAAUCCACCACUGAAUUGACCGUCAUUCUUCAGGGCCUCGAUGGACCUGUUUUUACUCAACCCAAAUAUAUAACUAUUUUGAAGGAAGGGGAACCCAUUGGUACCAAUGUAAUAUCAAUAGAAGCAGCUAGCCCUAGAGGAUCGGAAGCCCCAGUGGAGUAUUAUAUUGUUUCAGUUCGUUGUGAAGAAAAAACCGUUGGGCGUCUCUUUACUAUUGGACGACAAACUGGCAUGAUUCAGACAGCAGCCAUUCUGGACCGGGAGCAAGGAGCUUGCCUUUACCUGGUGGAGGUUUAUGCCAUAGAAAAAUCAACUGCUUUUCCCAGAACACAGAGAGCAGAGGUAGAAAUAACACUUCAGGAUAUCAAUGACAAUCCACCUGUGUUUCCAACGGACAUGCUGGAUCUCACAGUGGAGGAGAACAUCGGAGAUGGCUCUAAGAUUAUGCAGCUCACAGCCAUGGAUGCUGACGAGGGUGCAAAUGCUCUCGUCACAUACACCAUCAUUAGUGGAGCUGAUGACAGUUUCCGCAUUGACCCUGAAUCCGGAGAUCUGAUAGCGACCAAGAGGUUGGACAGAGAACGCCGUUCCAAAUACUCCUUGCUGGUCCGUGCCGAUGACGGUCUCCAGUCCUCUGAUAUGAGAAUCAACAUCACUGUCAGUGAUGUGAAUGACCACUCGCCCAAGUUCUCCAGGCCUGUGUACUCUUUCGACAUCCCAGAAGACACAACCCCAGGUUCUUUGGUAGCAGCUAUUUUAGCUACAGAUGAUGACUCUGGUGUGAAUGGAGAAAUUACAUAUAGUGUGAAUGAAGAUGAUGAAGAUGGCAUAUUUUUCCUGAAUCCAGUUACUGGAGUCUUUAAUUUGACUCGAAUAUUAGAUUAUGAAGCACAGCAAUAUUAUAUCCUCACUGUUCGAGCUGAAGACGGUGGGGGACAAUUUACUACCAUCAGGGUUUAUUUCAAUAUACUAGAUGUAAAUGACAACCCACCUAUUUUCAGCUCGAGUUCAUAUAGCACAUCUUUAAUGGAGAAUCUACCUCUAGGAUCUACUGUUCUUGUGUUUAAUGUUACCGACGCAGAUGACGGCAUCAACUCCCAGUUGGCUUAUAGCAUUGCUUCAGGUGACAGCCUCGGGCAAUUUACAGUUGACAAGAAUGGUGUGCUGACCGUCCUGAAGGCUCUGGAUCGGGAAAGUCAGUCCUUUUACAACCUGGUUGUUCAGGUGCAUGACCUGCCACCGCUUCCGGCCUCCAGGUUCACCAGCACUGCUCAAGUCUCCAUUAUUUUGCUGGAUGUGAAUGACAACCCACCAGCAUUUCUUUCCCCUAAAUUGACGUACAUUCCAGAGAACACGCCCAUUGAUACCAUUGUUUUCAAAGCUCAAGCAACGGACCCGGACAGCGGCCCAAAUAGCUAUAUUGAGUACACCCUGCUGAACCCCUUGGGAAACAAGUUCAGCAUUGGGACUAUCGAUGGGGAAGUGAGGCUCACUGGAGAACUGGACAGAGAAGAAGUUUCUAAUUAUACUCUAACCGUGGUGGCCACAGACAAGGGUCACCCAUCUCUCUCCUCGUCUACAGAGGUCAUGGUGAUGGUGCUUGACAUCAAUGAUAACAACCCUGUUUUUGCGCAGGCUUUGUAUCAAGUGGAGAUGAAUGAAAACACGCUCACAGGAACAGAUAUAAUACAAGUGUACGCAGCAGAUGGAGAUGAAGGCACAAACGGACAGGUUCGCUAUGGCAUUGUUGAUGGGAAUGCCAAUCAGGAAUUUCGGAUUGACUCUGUCACAGGUGCCAUCACUGUGGCUAAGCCACUGGAUAGAGAAAAGACCCCUACUUACUCUUUAACUGUUCAGGCAACAGAUCGGGGCAGUACCCCCAGAACUGACACCUCCACGGUCAGCAUUGUGCUGUUGGACAGUAAUGAUUUUGUCCCCAUAUUUGAGCUAUCUCCAUAUUCCGUACAUGUCCCUGAGAAUUUAGGGACACUACCCAGAACAAUCCUUCAGGUGGUGGCAAGAGAUGAUGACCAAGGUUCUAACAGCAAACUCUCCUACGUCCUGUUUGGUGGAAAUGAAGACAGUGCUUUCACUCUCUCAGAUAGUGGGGAACUUCGAGUGACACAGAGUUUGGACCGUGAGACCAAGGAGCACUUUGUGUUGAUUGUCACAGCUACAGAUUCAGGGUCCCCUGCCCUGACUGGAACUGGAACAAUCAAUGUCAUAGUAGAUGAUGUCAAUGACAAUGUCCCCACUUUUGCCAGUAAAUUGUAUUUCACUACGAUUCCCGAAGAUGCACCGACAGGAACAGACGUCCUAUUGGUCAAUGCCUCAGACACGGACACUUCAACCAACGCCGUCAUUAGCUACAGGAUCAUCGGUGGAAACUCUCAGUUCACCAUCAACCCCUCCACAGGACAGAUCAUCACCAGUGCGCUGCUGGACAGGGAGACAAGAGAAAAUUAUACGUUAGUGGUGGUUUCCAGUGAUGCUGGGUCCCCAGGGCCUCUUUCCAGUUCUGCCAGCGUGCUGGUCACCGUGACUGAUGUCAACGACAAUCCACCAAGAUUUCAACAUCACCCAUAUGUCACACACAUCCCAUCGCCUACUCCUCCAGGUGCCUUCGUCUUUGCGGUCACAGUCACAGACGCUGAUAUUGGACCCAAUUCUGAACUGCAUUACUCUCUGUCAGGUAGAAACUCUGAGAAAUUUCACAUUGAUCCGCUGCGGGGAGCUAUCAUGGCAGCUGGGCCAUUGAACGGAGCUUCAGAAGUGACAUUCUCUGUCCAUGUGAAAGACGGUGGCUCGUUUCCAAAGACAGAUUCUACAACAGUGACUGUUAGGUUCGUGAACAAGGCCGAUUUCCCCAAAGUCAGAGCCAAAGAACAAACUUUCAUGUUUCCUGAGAACCAGCCAGUCGGCACUCAGGUCACCACUGUUACGGGGUCCUCCCUGAGAGGGGAACCUUUGUCCUAUUAUAUCGCAAGUGGGAAUCUUGGCAGCACGUUCCAGAUUGAUCAGUUAACAGGGCAGGUGUCCAUUAGUCGGCCGCUGGAUUUUGAAAAGAUGCAAAAAUAUGUUGUGUGGAUAGAGGCCAGAGAUGGAGGGUUCCCUCCUUUCUCCUCUUAUGAGAAACUCGACAUAGCUGUAUUAGAUGUCAACGACAAUGCCCCGAUUUUUAAGGAAGAUCCAUUUGUAUCUGAGAUAUUGGAAAAUCUUUCUCCUCGAAAAAUACUUACUGUCUCAGCAACGGACAAGGACAGUGGACCCAAUGGACAGUUAGAUUAUGAUAUUGUUAAUGGCAACAAAGAACACAGUUUCAGCAUCGAUCAUGCCACUGGCGAAAUUAGAAGCAUUCGGCCUCUAGACAGGGAAAAGGUAUCUCAGUAUGUGCUCACCAUAAAGUCCUCAGACAAAGGCUCCCCUUCUCAGAGCAGCUCAGUAAAAGUCAUCAUUCACAUUUUAGAUGAAAAUGAUAAUGCCCCAAGGUUUUCUCAGAUCUUUAGUGCCCAUGUUUCUGAAAACUCCCCCUUAGGGUACACGGUUACACGUGUCACGACUUCUGAUGAAGACACUGGUGUCAAUGCAAUCAGUAGAUAUUCUAUCAUGGACACAAGCCUUCCAUUUACCAUUAAUCCCAGCACAGGGGAUAUUGUCAUUAGUAGACCUUUAAAUAGAGAAGAUACAGACCGUUACAGAAUCCGCGUUUCUGCACAUGAUUCCGGGUGGACUGUAAGUACAGACGUCACGAUAUUUGUGACAGAUGUCAAUGACAAUGCUCCGAGAUUCAGCAGGCCCUCCUAUUAUUUAGAUUGCCCUGAACUUGCUGAAAUCGGCUCCAAAGUGACUCAGGUGUCUGCAACUGAUCCUGACGAGGGGUCAAAUGGACAAGUGGUUUAUUUUAUAAAAUCUCAAUCAGAGUACUUCAGGAUUAAUGCCACCUCAGGAGAGAUUUUCAAUAAACAGAUCUUAAAAUACCAAAACAUCAGUGGCUUCAGUAACGUGAACAUCAACAGACACAGUUUUAUAGUGACAUCUUCAGAUCGAGGCAAUCCUUCCCUACUCAGUGAGACAACCGUUACCAUCAACAUAGUGGACAGUAAUGACAAUGCACCCCAAUUUCUUAAAAGUAAAUAUUUUACUCCGGUCACCAAAAACGUGAAAGUUGGUACAAAGUUAAUCAAAGUUACUGCAGUAGACGAUAAAGAUUUCGGAUUGAAUUCUGAAGUGGAGUAUUUCGUUUCCAGUGAAAAUCACUUGGGGAAAUUUAAGUUGGACAACAAUACAGGGUGGAUUUCAGUAGCAUCUUCCCUCAUCUCUGACUUGAAUCAAAACUUUUUGAUCACUGUCACUGCAAAGGAUAAAGGAAACCCUCCACUUUCAUCCCAAGCCACGGUUCAAAUCAUUGUCACUGAGGAAAACUACCACACUCCGGAAUUCUCUCAAAGCCACAUGAGCGCCACCAUCCCGGAAAGCCACAGUGUUGGGGCUGUUGUCAGAACGGUUUCUGCAAGAGACAGAGAUGCAGCGAUGAAUGGCCUGAUUAGGUACAGCAUUUCUUCUGGAAACGAAGAGGGCAUUUUUGCCAUCAAUUCUUCCACCGGUGUAUUGACACUCGCCAAAGCUCUUGAUUACGAGCUAUGCCAGAAACAUGAAAUGACUAUUAGUGCUACUGAUGGCGGGUGGGUUGCAAGGACGGGUUACUGCAGUGUGACUGUCAAUGUGCUUGAUGUGAAUGACAAUUCUCCAGUGUUCCUCCCUGAGGAAUAUUUCCCCACUGUUUUGGAAAAUGCCCCAAGCGGGACCACCGUUAUCCACCUAAAUGCAACCGAUGCGGACUCUGGCACCAACGCUGUGAUUGCAUACACUGUACAGUCAUCUGACAGCGACCUCUUUGUCAUUGACCCCAACACAGGCGUCCUUACCACGCAAGGCUUCUUGGAUUUUGAAACCAAGCAGAGCUACCACCUUACUGUGAAAGCUUUCAAUGUCCCCGAUGAAGAAAGGUGCAGUUUUGCCACAGUUAAUGUACAAUUGAAAGGGACAAAUGAAUAUGUGCCUCGUUUUGUUUCCAAACUCUACUACUUUGAAAUCUCAGAAGCAGCUCCCAGAGGUACGAUUGUUGGAGAGGUGUUUGCCAGUGACCGGGAUUUGGGCGUGGAUGGGGAGGUACAUUAUUUGAUUUUUGGAAACAGUAGGAAGAAGGGUUUCCAGAUCAAUAAGAAGACUGGACAGAUUUAUGUUUCUGGACCUCUUGACAGAGAAAAAGAAGAAAGGGUAUCUUUGAAGGUAUUGGCCAAGAAUUUUGGCAGCAUUAGGGGUGCAGACAUAGAUGAGGUCACUGUAAAUAUCACUGUGCUCGAUGCCAAUGACCCACCCAUUUUCAGUCUAAACAUCUAUAGUGUUCAGAUCAGCGAAGGGGUCCCGACAGGAACUCACGUGACCUUUGUCAGUGCUUUUGACUCAGACUCGGUCCCCAGCUGGAGCAGGUUCUCUUACUUUAUCGGGUCAGGGAAUGAAAAUGGUGCCUUUUCCAUCAACCCGCAGACAGGACAGAUCACUGUAACUGCAGAAUUGGAUCGAGAAACCCUCCCCAUCUAUAAUCUGACCGUGUUGGCUGUUGAUUCGGGGACACCCUCCGCUACAGGAAGUGCCUCUCUCUUAGUCACCCUGGAAGACAUAAAUGACAACGGGCCAAUGCUGACCAUCAGCGAAGGAGAAGUUAUGGAAAACAAACGCCCAGGCACUCUGGUGAUGACCCUUCAGUCCACCGACCCUGACCUCCCUCCCAAUCAAGGCCCCUUUACCUAUUACUUGCUGAGCACGGGUCCGGCCACCAACUAUUUCAGUCUGAACACCGCUGGAGUGCUGAGCACCACCAGAGAGAUCGACCGAGAGCAGAUUUCAGACUUCUAUCUGUCGGUGGUCACUCGGGAUUCUGGUGUGCCUCAGAUGUCUUCCACAGGGACUGUGCACAUCACCGUGCUAGACCAAAAUGACAAUCCUUCCCAGUCUCGGACGGUGGAGAUAUUUGUUAAUUAUUAUGGCAACGUGUUUCCUGGUGGGCUGUUGGGCUCCGUGAAGCCACAGGAUCCGGACGUGUUGGACACCUUCCACUGCUCCCUGACCUCAGGGGUGACGAGCCUCUUCAGUGUUCCCAGGGGCACUUGUGAUCUGCAUUCCCAGCCACGGUCCACCGAUGGCACGUUCGAUCUGACCGUCCUCAGCAGCGACGGGGUUCACAGCACAGUCACCAGCAACAUCCGUGUUUUCUUUGCUGGCUUUUCCAACGCUACGAUAGACAGCAGCAUCCUCCUGCGGCUCAGUGUCCCAACCGUGAGGGACUUCUUGACCAACCACUACCUUCACUUCCUGCGCAUCGCCGGUUCUCAGCUCACGGGCCUGGGCACCGCAGUGCAGCUCUAUGGGGCCUAUGAAGAGAACAACAGGACAUUUCUCUUCGCAGCCGUGAAGCGGGGCCAUAAUCAGUACGUGAAUCCCAGCGGUGUGGCCACCUUCUUCGAAAGCAUCAAAGAGAUCCUUCUCCGGCAGAGCGGGGUGAAGGUGGAGUCUGUGGAUCACGACGCGUGUGCCCACGGGCCGUGCCAGAACGGGGGGAGCUGCCUCCGAAGACUGGCGGUGAGCCCCGCGGUCAAGAGCCACGAAAGCCUUCCAGUCAUCAUCGUGGCCAACGAGCCGUUGCAGCCGUUCCUGUGCCAGUGCCUGCCGGGUUAUGCUGGGAGCUGGUGUGAAGUCGACAUAGAUGAGUGUCUUCCCUCUCCUUGCCACAAUGGCGGCACCUGCCACAAUUUGGUGGGAGGAUUUUCAUGCAGCUGCCCAGACGGCUUCACAGGGAGGGCCUGUGAGCGGGAUAUCAACGAGUGCCUGCCCAGUCCUUGUAAGAACGGUGCCGUCUGCCAGAAUUUCCCAGGAAGCUUCCACUGUGUCUGCAAAACUGGAUACACAGGGAAAAUGUGUGAAUCUUCAGUCAACUACUGUGAAUGCAACCCCUGCUUUAAUGGUGGUUCCUGCCAAAGUGGUGUGGAGUCCUACUAUUGCCACUGUCCAUUUGGUGUCUUUGGAAAACACUGCGAGUUGAAUAGUUAUGGAUUUGAGGAGUUAUCUUACAUGGAAUUUCCCAGCUUGGACCCCAAUAACAACUAUAUUUAUGUCAAAUUUGCAACGAUUAAAAGUCAUGCUUUAUUGCUUUACAACUAUGACAACCAGACGGGGGACCGGGCUGAAUUUUUGGCUCUCGAAAUUGCUGAAGAGAGACUAAGAUUCUCUUACAAUUUAGGCAGCGGUACAUAUAAACUCACCACCAUGAAGAAGGUGUCAGACGGACAUUUUCACACUGUGAUUGCCAGGAGAGCAGGAAUGGCAGCUUCCUUAACUGUGGACUCUUGUUCUGAGAACCAAGAACCAGGAUACUGCACUGUCAGUAACGUGGCCAUCUCAGAUGAUUGGACUCUUGACGUUCAGCCAAAUCGAGUCACAGUUGGAGGUAUCAGAUCGCUAGACCCAGUUCUUCAGAGGAGAGGACACGUGGAAAGCCAUGAUUUCAUUGGGUGCAUCAUGGAGUUUGCAGUGAAUGGAAGGCCUCUGGAACCCAGCCAAGCUCUGGCUGCUCAAGGCAUCCUAGACCAAUGCCCCAGACUGGAAGGCGCGUGUACUCGCAGCCCCUGCCAGCACGGCGGCACGUGCACGGAUUACUGGUCAUGGCAGCAGUGUCACUGCAAAGAGGGGCUGACUGGCAAAUACUGUGAAAAAUCUAUUACUCCUGACACUGCCUUGUCAUUGGAAGGCAAAGGGCGCUUGGACUACCACAUGAGUCAGAAUGAGAAGCGGGAAUAUCUGUUAAGACAGAGCAUACGGGGGGCCACGAUGGAGCCUUUUGGUGUGAACAGUCUGGAAGUAAAGUUCAGGACGAGAAGCGAGAAUGGCAUUUUAAUCCAUAUCCAAGAAAGCAGCAAUUAUACUACUGUGAAGAUUAAGAAUGGCAAAGUACAUUUUACAUCAGAUGCAGGAAUUGCUGGGAAAGUGGAGAGAAAUAUUCCUGAGGUGUAUGUUGCUGAUGGCCACUGGCAUACCUUUCUAAUCGGAAAAAAUGGAACAGCCACAGUACUGUCCAUCGACAGGAUAUACAACAGAGAUAUCGCCCACCCUACUCAGAAUUUUGGUGGCCUCGACGUGCUCACUAUAUCCCUUGGAGGAAUUCCACCCAAUCAAGCUCAUCGAGAUACUCAAACAGGGUUCGAUGGCUGCAUCGCCUCUAUGCUGUACGGUGGAGAAAGCCUGCCUUUCAGCGGGAAGCACAGCUUGGCCUCCAUCUCCAAGACGGACCCCUCCGUGAAGAUCGGCUGUCGUGGGCCCAACAUUUGUGCCAGCAACCCCUGCUGGGGCGACUUACUGUGCAUCAACCAGUGGUACGCCUACAAGUGCGUGCCCCCCGGGGACUGCGCCUCCCACCCCUGCCAGAACGGGGGCAGCUGCGAGCCAGGCCUGCACUCCGGCUUCACCUGUAGCUGCCCGGAGUCGCACACAGGGAGCACCUGUGAGACGGUGGUGGCCUGCCUCGGUGUCGUCUGUCCUCAGGGGAGGGUGUGCAAAGCCGGAAGCCCCGGAGGGCAUGUCUGUGUUCUGAGUCAGGGCCCCGAAGAGAUCUCCCUGCCUCUGUGGGCCGUGCCCGCCAUCGUGGGUAGCUGCGCCACCGUCCUGGCCCUCCUGGUCCUCAGCCUGAUUCUUUGCAACCAGUGCCGGGGCAAGAAGACCAAAAACCCCAAGGAGGAGAAGAAACCGAAGGAGAAGAAGAAAAAGGGGAGUGAGAACGUGGCCUUCGAUGACCCAGACAACAUCCCCCCCUACGGGGACGACAUGACGGUGCGGAAGCAGCCUGAGGGGAACCCCAAGCCAGAUAUCAUUGAGAGGGAGAACCCCUACCUCAUCUACGACGAGACCGAUAUCCCCCACAACUCGGAGACCAUCCCCAGCGCCCCCCUGGCCUCCCCGGAGCAGGAGAUCGAGCACUACGACAUCGACAACGCCAGCAGCAUCGCCCCUUCGGACGCAGACAUCAUCCAGCACUACAAGCAGUUCCGCAGCCACACCCCCAAGUUCUCCAUCCAGCGGCACAGCCCCCUGGGCUUCGCGCGCCAGUCCCCCAUGCCCCUGGGGGCCAGCAGCCUGACCUACCAGCCUUCCUACGGCCAGGGCCUGCGAACCAGCUCCCUGAGCCACUCCGCCUGCCCGACGCCCAACCCCCUGUCCCGGCACAGCCCCGCGCCGUUCUCCAAGGCCUCCACCUUCUACCGGAACAGCCCGGCGCGGGAGCUGCACCUCCCCGUGCGGGACGGCAACGUGGCGGACAUGCACGGGGACGCCUGCCAGCCGGGCAUCUUCAACUACCCCACGAGGCUGGGCAGGAGGAGCAAGAGCCCCCAGGCCCUGGCCCCGCACGGCUCUCGACCCGGGAGCCGCUUGAAGCAGCCCAUGGGGCAGAUCCCUCUGGAAUCCUCGCCGCCCGUGGGACUGUCCAUCGAAGAGGUGGAGAGGCUCAACACCCCUCGCCCGAGGAACCCGAGCAUCUGCAGCGCGGACCACGGCCGGUCUUCCUCGGAGGAGGACUGCCGGCGGCCGCUGUCCAGGACCAGGAACCCCGCCGAUGGCAUCCCCGCUCCCGAAUCUUCUUCCGACAGCGACUCGCACGAGUCUUUCACCUGCUCGGAAAUGGAGUACGACCGGGAGAAGCCGAUGGUCUACACUUCCAGGAUGCCCAAGCUCUCGCAAGUCAACGAAUCGGAUGCAGACGACGAGGAUAAUUACGGCGCCAGACUGAAGCCCCGAAGAUACCACGGCCGCCGGGCGGAGGGGGCGCCCGUGGGCUCGCAGGCGCCCGGCGUGGCCGACAGCACGCUGCCCCUGAAGCUCGGGCAGCAAGCGGGGAAUUUCAACUGGGACAACCUCUUGAACUGGGGCCCCGGCUUUGGCCACUAUGUGGAUGUUUUUAAGGAUUUGGCAUCUCUCCCAGAAAAAGCAGCAGCCAACGAAGACGGCAAAAGUGGGACCAGUCAGCCGGUCCCCAAAGAGGGGGAAGCCGAACAGUAUGUGUGAGCGCCGUGUGCUGGCGCAAAGGAGACAGGAACACAAGGGACGCCCCCCGCGGCCCGCAGGUCACCCACCAGGGCGGGUCGUGUUUGCAAAACCGGCCAGUCAGGGCUGGUGCUGGAGGGAAACUCAAAAAUAAUAGCCAUGAUGCUGCUGAAACCGGCGCAGAACAGCUCUGUCAUUUGAACGCGCUCCGUUGCCUUUGUUGUCCUGCAUGCUUCGUACGGUGUGACCGGUGACCGGGGCGCAGCGUUCGGAAAGGUUUUUCUUACUUGGCCAAGGCCCGCGUGGUGACUUUAAGCAGGAAUAGCAUUGCCGUUGCAGAAAUGAACUUGUGGCUGUCACAGCGGGGUUGUGUAUUGUUGCCGUUGUGUUACUAUUGUUAACGUUUUGCUUUGCAGACCCUUGAGGGUUUAGCCAAUCCCUGUAAAGUGUAGAAAAGAGCCCUCCUGCCCUUGAAGGAAAGACUAAGUAUUAACGCUUCUCAGAAUCGUAGCCUCCAUAUUCGAUGUUUAUCGGAAAUGUCUGAAGGUUUGAAUGCCUUGUACAUGACCUUGGGUACUGAAGUUAAGUCAUUGUGUUCAGCACUUUAGAACUUUCUUACGAAAUUGUGUUAAAACUUCUGACUCUUUUCUGUGUAAACAGCGAUGGUCUCAUUUGCAUCAGGCUUUCCACUAAGGAACAGAGUGAUUGCAUGUUGUCCCAGAACACUGCCGCCUGCUGCCGUGGAGGAAGGCCCCAGCCGCGCCUCUCAGAGACACUGUUGAAAGUUAUUUAUUGAAAAAUGUUCUACGCUUUUAAAUUUUUAAAGAAUUGACCUAAGCAAAGCCUAUGAUUGGACACACUCUUCAACCAUUUAGCAUGUACCCUAAGUACCCAGUUUUUAUAAUUUAUAUAAAGUCAAAUUUCAUCACUUCUUACUUUCUGUCAUUUUGUAGAUCAUUUUUUAAUACCUUGUGAAAACGUGUUUUGGGUUUUGUUUUUUACACCUAAGCUGUGUUUUUGAUACUGAUAUUUUCUUAUGCUGAAUAGUUUUCUUACUUUCCGGGAAGGUAAGAAAAUACUUUUUUUACAUUUGUUACUUAUGUAACGUUCAUAUUUUUCACAUUUUGAUAUUUGUAACAUACUGUAUGCUUUCUACUUGUAAAUGCCAACAAUAGAAUUAAAAUAUUUAUUUAAAA